AUGAAAAAUGCUCCUGAGCCGGUGGCCAGCGUUUUCCAUGGUGCCCUGCUGCUGGACCCACUAUGUUUCAAGGCGUCGAGCCAGUACGCGGUGGUUCUGAUUAUUCCGCGUGUGUUGACGCAGGCGGUUCUGCUGCCGCGCUUCUCCUACCCGUUGAGCUCCGACCCGACACAGACGCAGCGAGAGCCAUGUAAGCGCAAGCCGCUCCGGUUCGUCCAGUGGCCGGAAGACGUCGAUUAUUGCGGAUCGUUGUCGCGCUCUUCUGGCACCGAGCUCAGCGCGAGGGAGGAGCAGGACGCACAGAACCAUCGCCGGAAUUGGCGGACCAUAGAGCGGGCCGGUCACCCUCUCUCCGGGCAGAUGGGCCGGAAGAUCCCCGAGACGAUGGCCGUUGCUGAGCCCUGCUUUGAGCUGCCUUUCUUCAGCGACAUCAGCCGAGAGCAACCCGAGCAUCCUCACCUGCUUAACGAAUGGACGACGCUGCAGAGGUGGAAGACAUCGAAGACGGCCUCAAGGCGCGCCAUCUUGUCGCCACUGAUCCACGACGGAAGGGCGGUGUGCACAGUCACCUGACGCGGAAUGCUCGCCAGGCCCAAUUUAAAUUAAUUAAUCAUAUAAACCGUGAUGAGAGGAUUCGAGCGAAAAACAUGGGAUUUUGAGUGGGCCCAAAAAUACCGACGCCUUACGGAAAAUAGCUCAAACAUCUAUAAUUUAGGAAGCUUCAACCGAAAGGCUGGCCGAAGAGCGCGUGCUACGGUGCUCACGCCGUUCGUGCAUUUGGCACAUGAUAUGUUAAUGUGGUUU